UGGAGCACCGCCCCUCCUCAGGGUAGGGCUGCUGCUGCUGCAGUGUAGCAUCCUCCUCAGCAGCAUCCGGAACAGAACCAAAGACAGCAGGAAUCAAAGCGCAUCCCGGCCGAACCGCAGAGCAGCAGAACAGAUUUAGGACCAGGAUGUUCGGCGGAGUGUCAGGACGAAUCCAACAUGAGCGGGACCGAGCCGGAGGCUUGGGCUCGGCCCAGCAGGCGGUAAAGUUCAUGAACCAGGACUUCCAGGCCUUAAAGGAGGAGUGCCUUCAGAACAGAACCCUGUUUCAGGACCCCAUGUUCCCGGCAGAACCUGCCUCGCUGGGCUUUAAGGAACUUGGACCUCUCAGCGCCAAAACCAGAGGAGUGGAAUGGAAAAGACCCACGGAGCUGUCAGCUAACCCUCAGUUCAUUGUGGGCGGAGCCACCAGGACUGACAUCUCUCAGGGGGCGCUGGGGGACUGCUGGCUGUUGGCUGCUAUCGGCUCUCUGACUCUAAACCAACGGCUGCUCCAUCGGGUGGUUCCUCAUGGACAGAACUUUAACCAUCCGUAUGCUGGCAUCUUCCACUUCCAGUUCUGGCAGUUUGGGGAGUGGGUGGACGUGGUGAUUGAUGACCGGCUGCCAGUUAAAGAUGGAGAGCUGCUGUUUGUCCAUUCAGCAGAAGGAAGCGAGUUCUGGAGCGCUCUGCUGGAGAAAGCUUACGCUAAGUUGUGCGGCUCGUAUGAAGCGUUGUCCGGUGGCAGCACCACUGAAGGUUUUGAGGACUUCACAGGGGGUGUGGCAGAGAUGUAUGAGCUGAAGAAAGCUCCCAGAGAUCUCUACCGGAUUAUCAGCAAAGCUCUAGAGAGAGGAUCAUUGCUGGGAUGCUCUAUAGAUAUCACCAGCUCCUGUGACAUGGAGGCCAUCACCUUCAAGAAGCUAGUGAAAGGCCACGCCUACUCAGUGACUGGCCUAAGACAGGUGGAGUUCAGAGGGCGACAGGAGCGUCUGAUCCGAAUCAGGAACCCCUGGGGUCAGGUGGAGUGGACCGGAGCCUGGAGUGACAGCUCCUCAGAAUGGAACUACGUCGAUUCUGCGGAAAAGGAUGAGAUGCUUUGUAAGAUGGAGGACGGGGAGUUCUGGAUGCCUUUCCAGGAAUUUCUGCGUCAGUUCUCCCGUCUAGAGAUCUGUAACCUGACCCCAGAUGCCCUGAGUCAGGACGCCACCAGCUUCUGGACCACGAUGACGCAUGAGGGCAGCUGGAGGAGAGGAAGCACGGCCGGAGGUUGCAGGAACCACCCGAACACAUUCUGGAUCAACCCUCAGUAUAAGAUGACUCUGUUAGAGGAGGAUGAUGACCCAGAGGAUGACGAGGCUGCCUGCAGCGUCCUGGUGGCACUGAUGCAGAAGGACCGCCGCCGGUACCGCCAACAUGGCCAGGACAUGCACACCAUCGGUUUCGCCAUUUAUGAGGUCAGCGCUGGUUCUAAUAUCUACGGAAUCUUCAGAGAGUUUGACCUGGAUAAGUCCGGCUGCAUGAAUUCCUACGAGAUGCGUCUGGCGUUUGAAAAUGGCGGGUUCAAACUGAACAACAAGCUGUAUCAGAUGCUGAUCGCUAGAUACGCCGACAACGAGAUCAUCGACUUUGACAACUUCACCUGCUGCGUGGUCAAACUGGAGACCAUGUUCAAGACCUUCCAAGGCCUGGACAGAGAUGGGACCGGAACUGUGGAGUUAAAUUUCAGUGAGUGGCUCUUUUUGACCAUGUGUGGCUAAAGCUCAGAGCGCCGAGAGAGGACGGAUAAGAGGAAAACAACUAGACUGAGAGGACACUUCUUCUGCUCCACUGUGCUGCCAUAACACCUCAAUACUACAAAGAUACCACUACCAUACUAACAAAAUACUAUAAUGUUACUACAAUAAUGAAAUGGAGAAUUGCAACAAUACGACGGUAAUUCUGCAGUAGUCAGAGUGGAGCCUGAGUUUGAUUUGAACAUAUUUAUUCAUAUUUAUCUGUUAAUGAUCAUUAACUGCACUAACAUGCAUGAAAGUAAACAGCUUAGUUUAACCUCAGAGGAAUCACCUAAUUGGUUGAGAUGGUUCAUCCAUCAUGAUCCAUCUGGAACAUUCUCUUUCAAUAAAAAACCCAGCAGGCGGACCCUCCUCUGGUUCUGGUGUUCAGCUGCAGUCAGAGAUUCUGCCAAUAAUGUGAGGACGAUUCGGUUUUACCUCCAAGUGUUUUAUUUAUAAAUGAGAUUCAAAUGAUCUGAGACUUGAAAUGUAAAAAGGAACUCUUCCUUCCUUCAUUUAACCCAUGUAUUUACUGACAGCAGCUAGGUUCCUCCUGGGUUCUUGAAACCUGGAACAGAACGUUUGCGGACAUGACUGACCCUCAGGAAUGCAGCUCUGUCUGCAGUCUGCAGACCUCCUAUUCUCAGGAACAUCUUCAUUCAGAAGUGUAUUACUACAGACCCAUAGUACAACCAACUGUCCUUUGGUACUAGAGCUGUACAUGUAACCUACCUGCUGCUGUGCUAGUCUGCACUGAUAGAGGGCGCUGUAGCUACUCUGUAUUUAUGCUUUCACUGGCUGUGAUACCCAGCUGAGUUCUUUACUCACAUCCUGACCUUUAAUAAAGUGAAGCAAACCAAACUGUCUGUGUG